GUUCUGGACUUCCUGGAGCUGCAGAGGACGCUUCGUUGCCAGAAAUGAAGGGUUCGGUUCUGGGACUCGGUUCUACUUGAAGCUCCUCCGGUCAUGGAUCGACCCGCGCCGGCCGCGAAAUGUUCCGUUAACGGAGAGAACGGAGGCUCGACCGGAGCUGCUGCUGCCCGGAGCUCCGGUGGAACCUGCGGCUUCUGUCUGAGCAGAGUCCGAGCUGUGAUCCCGCAGAACCACCUCGACGAGCUGCUGCAGCUGGUCCGGCUGGCGGGACCGGUGGUCAUCUCCCAGCUCAUGGUCUUCAUGGUCAGCGUGGUCAGCAUGGUGUUCUGUGGUCAUCUGGGGAAAACCGAGCUGGCCGGAGUUUCUCUGGCGGCGGCGGUGGUGAACGUCACCGGCAUUUCCAUCGGCACCGGGCUGUCGGCGGCGUGUGACACGCUCAUGUCCCAGACGUAUGGGAGCGGAAACCUGAAGCGAGUCGGCGUGAUCCUCCAGAGGGGGAUCCUGAUCCUGCUGCUGGCCUGCUUCCCCUGCUGGGCCGUCCUCAUCAACACCGAGCCUCUGCUGCUGGCCGCCAGGCAGACUCCAGAGGUCGCCAGCCUCUCCCAGCUGUACGUCAAGAUCUUCAUGCCUGCUGUCCCGGCUGCUUUUAUUUACCAGCUUCAAGGGAAAUAUCUGCAAAAUCAGGGAAUCAUGUGGCCUCAGGUGAUAACCGGAGCAGCAGCAAACGUCCUCAACGCGCUCAUCAACUACGUCUUCCUGUUUCCUCUGCAGUGGGGCGUCGCUGGAUCUGCAGCAGCCAACCUCAUCUCUCAGUAUCUGCUGACGCUGUUCCUGUUCGCCUACAUCCGCUGCCGAGGCCUGCACGAGGCCACGUGGGCAGGCUGGUCGCUGGACUGCCUGCAGGAGUGGGGUCCCUUCAUCCGGCUGGCCGUCCCCAGCAUGCUGAUGAUCUGUCUGUCCUGGUGGGUGUUUGAGAUCGGAGGCUUCCUGGCCGGCGUGAUCAGCGAGGUGGAGCUCGGGGCUCAGUCCAUCGCCUACCAGCUGUGCGUCGUGGCCUACAUGUUCCCGCUCGGCUUCUCCGUUGCCGCCAGCGUUCGGGUCGGAAACGCUCUUGGCGCCGGAGACACGCGGCAGGCCAAGCUCUCCUGCAAAGUCGCCAUCAUCUGUGCAUUCUCGGUGGCCUGUGUGGUCGGGUCGAGCCUCAGCGCCGCCAGACACCUCAUCGGAUACGUCUUCACCUCGGAGCCAGACAUCAUUCAGAGGGUUGCUGACGUCAUGCUGAUCUUCGGCUUCAUGCACGUCUGCGACGCCACCGCGGCCGUGGCUUCAGGUGUCCUCCGAGGGGCAGCUAAACAGCUGGUGGGCGCUCUGUGUAACCUCGUGGGAUUCUACUUCAUCGGCUUCCCCAUCGGCGUGUCGCUCAUGUUCGCAGCACACAUGGGGAUCGUAGGGCUGUGGAUGGGGCUUUGCAUCUGCGUGUCACUGCAGGCGAUUUUUUUUGUCACGUUCUUGUACAAGCUUGAUUGGAAAAAGGCCGCAGACGAGGCUCUGGUGAGGGCCGGCGUCCACGUCGCAGAGGAAAAAGAGACGCUGGAGUCAGAACAAACAGAUUCAGAUCAGAACCAGGCUCAGGACACAAACCCAGAAGCCCAGAGAGAGUUCAUCGGCACCACGGUGGGCGACGUUCUGUCCGUGUCUCAGCUGGCGGUGCGUCGCGGCCUCGCCCUGCUGAUCAUGGUCAGCAUCCUGGCGGCCGGCGUGCUCACCAGCAACCUGCUGCUGAGGCUGCUGAAGUGAUUUCUGCUCCUCGCCGACUGUCACGGCGCCGCUCGUCACGUUGAUCCUGCUGAGAAUAAACUGUCCAGUCUGCAGCUCUGUGCAGAUUCCACACAUUCUUCACUUUAUGCUUUGGCGAGCCGACGUGCUGCUUCGUCACAUUCUUGUUCUGCUGCAAAACCAUAAACAGAGAACCAAAGCCAACCAGAUAUUCAUGCGUCGCUCCGUCGGUAUAAUCCAGAUUAGAUGUAGAAGUGCUCAAGCUGUAACGUGCACAGGAAAGAGUUAGUCGUGGGUCGAUCUGAGCCACUCUGUCGCCGUUUACAGAGCAGAUCAGUGCAAACACCUGAUUUUAUGCUCAGAACGAAGAGAUGCGCAAGAUCCAAGAUCCAAGAUCCACUGGUCGUCUGUUCUGGAGUUUCUGCAGACAUACCAACUGAAUACUGCUCUUGCAGUGCAGAUGAAAAUAAUCCCAAUAAAUAACCAUAAAAGCAGUUUAGUGUAGCUGGUGUUCAAACGUUUUAACAUCUUCAGGUGCUCGUAGCGGCUGCAGAGGUUGUGUUGACAGAAACUGUCCUGGACGCAUGAAGUCGGCUUUUAGAGACGAAAAACCUGAUUCAAGUCUGAGGUUUACCAGGAUACAUGCUAACCAGUUAGCAGCUGAAGUCUUUCUGCUAAUUGAUGCCAAAAGAAGAAAAUCUGCACUUUAUCAGUUCAGCUCUUACCAAACAAACACGCAUAGAGAGGAGUUUUUAUGAACUGGGGAUGAGACUAAAGUGUAGUUUUCUCCCAGAGAUCCCCUCCAGUGGGAUCAGAUAAAAGCUUCCUGGUUGUUCUUGACCAGAGAACAACUUCAGUUUACUUUUAGGGAAACUGCUGAAGGAUGUAAAGACGUUUUUAACUGACAAACCUGAACUCUUUACUGCAGUGAACAGAUGGUUUCUGUCUUCUGGUCCCUUUUUAGAAGAAACAGUCGCUGCACAUCAAUACGAGUCCAAUAAAGGAACAUUUGAUGAGUAAAUCCCAUUCGACGCCAAAUCUCAUCCCAACUUACGGUAGAUUUUUGAGCCACUUGUUCGAGCUCCAUCAUCAAAACACCAAAUGAAGUUGUUGGAGAACCCGUCCAGUAGAGUUCUAGAGACCUGGAGAACCAACGACAUGUUGGGUUGAAGCUCUUCUGGUGGAGUUUAGCACCUCAGUAAGACUGAAUGUUGACUUUUUUCUGUAGUUUGUCCUCCAUCUGUAGUGACAUACAAAGGAAGGAGAAAAGAAUCUGUGGAACUACCACCGAUCCUGAAUUUACUCCCUCGUCCGUCUGCGUUGGCUGCACAGUACCGUCCCUGGUGCAUUGUGGGAUACUUUAAGAACACUACACAAGGUACAACAUGGCAAACACUAUAAAGCGAGUAGUGAUUUCGGAAACAGCCUCCGUGUGCAGAGACGGAUCAGUUUUCAGUUUAAGUCGGUCUUAAAUGCUUUUCGUUUGAACUCUUCCUUGGAUUUUUGUUUUUUGAGAUUCACCUGAGACACGUGGAAUGAACGAGUCGAGCCAAAGAAACCACGAAGCUAACGGACCAAACGUCGGCCGAAACGGAAGCAGGUAGUUUCACAUUUAGCAGUUGACGGACACCAACCAGUUGGUCUUUAGACCUGGAUGACAUUCGUACAGUACGGUUUAUCCACGCUCGCUCUGAACGGUUUAGUCGUGUGAUCUUUUUUGAUUCGGGUCCGUUGUGUUUACGUAGCGCUAACUCAUGACGCAAGUUAGUUCAAGAGAAACCCGACAAACAAACAGAUUCCUUUUGAGUCAGUUAAUUGGUGACUGUUGGAAAACAAAGCUUCGUUUUUUUUUUUGGACAAGAACAAACUUCCGGCGGCCGUCUGGCUGGACCGGUCGGGCUGAUGGAAAUCACAAUAAUACAGAACUCAACAUAGAAUAUUUCUAAAUGUGGAAAAACUCGGCUGCAAAAAUACAAACGAGUUAUUUUCACUGAACUCUCAGAACCCGAGCAGCAGAUAUGACGAGUUGUACCUUAAAAGUAGAACAAAGAGUUUUAGGGUUUAAAAUGUUUGUUUUUUAAAUGAACUAAGAAAGCUGCUGAUGAUGGAAAAACCCUUUUGCAGAUCAAACAAUGUGCAGGAGUCGGUUGUUUUCUGCUCAGAGCUGAAAUGAUUCUGUUGCACCGUUUUCACGUUUGUCCGUCAUUUUACUUGAAUUAUUUCCAUCCUGAUUCGUAUGAAACAAGCCGAGGAGAGUUUCAAACAGACGACCUCGUGUUUGCUGGGAACAAACAGCAGAAACCAAUUUAGGGCCGACUGUAAAUUAUCAGUCGGGUUCUGGCCCAAGAGGAGCUCAGAUCUCAUCAGUUCUCAGCAAACAGCGAGUCGAGACGACGUCCGUCCCAGAGUGACUCUGGGUUUUUCCUGUUGAAUAUUAACCAGAGCAGAAGUUUGGUCGUCGCGUAUGAACGAGCACACGGCUUACGUAAUGUCAUUUGCAUUUUAAACUCUGUGAGCCGGAUCGUGUUCUGUGCGACCCAACAGCGUCUGAACACUUUGUAGAUUGUCGUCUGCCUUUUUCUACUUUCAAUAAAAACUUAUAUUUUCAGCAUUUA